AUGACGCCAACAUGGAAUAUAUCCACAAUAUUCGAUUUUUGUGAAGGCGUUUCGACACCCAAUAGACCCAAGGGACAAAUAUAUUUCAAGAGACGACAAGAAGGAGCACUUAAGGACGUUGAACGUGCUUUUGGAGUUUUUAAAUCAAACUGGCACAUAGUUGAACAUGCAGCGAGACCUUAUGAGUUAAAUACUCUACGGUAUAUCAUGUUUGCAUGUAUCAUAAUGCAUAACAUGGUUGUCGAAGAUAAAGGACACAAUAUUGCAACGUAUUCGCCUACGGAACCAAGGCAUGUGCAAUUUCAACCAGGGACAUCAGAAUAUUUACAUGGAGUGGUUGAUAUUCAAGAUCAACGAAAACACAAGCAACUCUGUGAAGACUUGGCGAAUUACAUCAAUGUUGGUCACGAAGAUGAAGUUGAAUUGUUUUAG